GAUAAAGAUGGCGCGUUGAAAGAUAGCGAAUUGGCAUCACUUUUCUCUACAACACCUGGCAACCCAUGGACAAAUUCCGAAUUUCCUCACACCACAAUCACAAAUGAGGCAGAUGCAGUUACAUUACAAGGAUGGCUGGCACAAUGGAGGUAG